AUGUGUCACAGGGUAGAUGGCUGUUCCACACUGGGUACCAGCGUCCUGACCACAAUCGCUGUGCCCCGCGUGGUCUCCGAACUCUACUAUGACCGAGGAAACCACCAUGAAUUCGUGUCUCUGGUGAAAGACCUGGCCCGUCCUGGUGAAUUCACUCAAUCUCAGACAUUUGACUUCGAAUUCACUCAUGUGGAAAAACCUUACGAGUCCUACACGGGGCAGAAUGUGAAGUUACGGUAUUUCCUCCGAGCAACUGUCAGCCGCAGACUGAACGAUGUGGUGAAGGAGAUGGACAUAGUUGUGCACACCCUGAGCACCUACCCAGAGCUCAACUCCUCUAUUAAGAUGGAGGUGGGGAUUGAGGAUUGCCUACACAUCGAGUUCGAGUAUAACAAGUCCAAGUAUCAUUUAAAAGAUGUGAUUGUUGGAAAGAUUUACUUCCUGCUGGUGCGAAUCAAGAUCAAACACAUGGAGAUAGAUAUCAUCAAGAGAGAAACAACGGGGACUGGACCCAACGUAUAUCAUGAGAAUGACACAAUAGCUAAAUAUGAGAUCAUGGAUGGGGCACCUGUGAGAGGGGAGUCCAUUCCCAUCAGACUCUUUCUGGCUGGCUACGAGCUGACUCCAACGAUGAGGGACAUCAAUAAGAAGUUCUCAGUGCGUUAUUACCUCAAUCUGGUGCUGAUUGAUGAGGAAGAGAGACGCUACUUUAAACAGCAGGAGGUGGUGCUUUGGCGGAAAGGAGACAUCGUGAGGAAGAGCAUGUCCCACCAAGCAGCCAUCGCCUCACAGCGGUUCGAGGGGACGUCCUCGCACACGGAGGCCAAGACCCCCAGCCAGCCUGCAGAGAACAACGGCCGGCAGUGAGAGGCUGCGCAGAGGAAGGCUCCUGCCGAGCCGCUGGGGACGGCAGCGAGGAGGAAGAAAAAAAAAAACACUUCAGAGACUUCAUGAAAAUAAAUACCCGUUUUUGACUUAAUUCCUUUCUUCAAAGGACUCGUAGGAUGGGAAGGGGAGGGGAGGGCAAGGCAAAGCUGGAGCACUGGUGGUGCGGAGUUGAAGGUACCUCAGCACUCCCCAAUUAACGACAUUCCUCUGGGGUCGGCUGCUUUGAGGCACGUGUCCGGAGGCUGCGGAGCUGCCUGAUCUCCUCCUUGCCCCGACACACUGUCAGCGUGGCAGCGGGGAGGGAGAGAGCAAGUGAAGGCCAAAUCCACUGCUUCUUCCCGGCGGUGUGGAGGUUGCUUCGGGGCUGUGUAGGAUGGAUAUUUUUCUUGCCUUUCUGAAAUCUUCACGAGGGAAAAUGACACAGGGAUUAGCUGGAAGGUAGAGGAGGGAGUCAGAGACUGAGGCACGGCCUACUUGAAGUUGCUUAGCGUUAUCCCCUCACUGCCUCCCCUUCCUCUUCAUGCUGGUGUCGGAUUCCUUGUCACAAACAGUUGUGUAAUGUAGUUGACUCAGCCCUGGGACUGCCACGGAGUCACGUGGAGCACGGGCAGCAGGCGUGUUGCUGUGUCCGUGCCGUGGAGCUCCCGACUGCCGGGCUGUGUCCGGGCGGGGAGUGGGGCUGGGAGGAGGGAGUGAGGCGUGUGAGUGCAGCGGGAGGUGACACAGGUUGGGCAGAGCGGUGACAGUCCCAAUGCUGCUGGGUGGGCAAGAAGUGGGGGCAGGAAGGCUCCUGGCCAAAAGCAGCAUCUUCCUAGUCUUAUCCCAACAGCCCAAGCGCCCCUGGGAUUCAGUCUCUCUGGUUGCUGCAUGCAUACAGGUUCCAGUUGCUGCUGCAGAGCAGAGGCAGACAAGCUUUGGGAGGUCUAGAGAAGAGUUUUGGAAGGUGAGAAAUAAAUGGGGACUGUUGUGGGAGCGGGCUUACGCUGCCCUGCUCGUGUCUGUGUCCUUGUGACAGAGCAGGCUUUGUAGUAGGGACAGAGGCAGUAUUGAAACACGUAUGUAUUGGUUUGUUCGCUCCCUCGUACCUGCAGGAUGAGGAUUAAUAAGGACAGAAAGCGGAUGCAAUCAUUUUGAAGAAGCUCACGGCCUGUGUGUGCUGCUCGGUGAAGCCAAGCAGCAGCUGGAAGGUGGUAGAGCUCUCUGAUUCCAGAGACACAAUCCUGAAGCCUGAGCUGAAAUCACCAGUGAGGUCUGAGGCUAUGCCAUGAACUGAGAACCUGAAGGCGGGUUUUUUCUUUUCUAAAAUAAGCUUCUUUUAGUCUUCAGCUAAGUAGAAUCAUGAGAGCGUUCCCAGAAGGGAGUCACUCCUCCAUUGAAAAUUACAUGUGGCUUUGUAGACUUGACUGAGUCUGGAGAAUAUCCAUCCUGUUUAGAUGCCCUUCAAGGAGGCAGGUGGUUAGACCUCCUACCAGAGGGAGAGACGAGCCUGCCCAAAAUGCUGGGAGAUGAGCUCUAGCAAGUGGGAUGUGUCUGGAUUUCCCUAUGAGUUUGUGGCUUGCUAGGGUUUUGACCAGCUUCCUUUUGACUGGAGUGAACGUCCUCUGCCUCUCUCCUACAGCUGAAUGUAGAACAGUUGUCUUGCAGCUGAGAAAUGGAAGUAUCUUCUGCUUUGUUUAGUGGAACAGUGCUGGUGGAGGGAGUGGGGCCUGGGUGGGAAGGGGAGCUUUUUCUGUAAUAAGACAGCUACUGUAUUUCAGUGAUAAAUGUGUGUUUCUGCUUGCCAAAGUAAGUUAUCUUUUACUCACCACGUGUAAGGUUGUGGUUUUAAGUAGAGCUGGACAGUCUCGCUGUGUUGUAGAGGACACUAAUGAUCUCAUCUCUGCUGAAUGCUUGUGUCACACCAUGUUUUCUGCUCUGUAAUAGUGAAGACGUGGCUUGCUUUUCUUUACAUGAGAAGUCUGUGCCAUGGGCUGGAGCCGUGUCUUCCUAAGACUGAAGCAAAAGCUUACUUUAGACAACUCCCUUGUUACGCCAGGGCAAGGGGUGGUAACCUGCUGCUGCGUGGCAGAGGAAUCUGGGUGCUGCUGUUGGCACUCGCUCUACUUCCCGCUCUGUGCAGCGGGAGCUGCCUGUGCCAUGGCCCGUUAGAGACAGGAGCAGCUCCGGUGGGAGCCUCUGGGGAUAGCUGACUCUUUCCACGGCUAGGCUGAGCACAGCAGCACCCUACCUGCCCUCUAGCUUUCCCUUAACUCCCGUCCCACCUACAAUUCUUUUUCCCCUCGCCUAUUCCUGAGUGUAGGCCGUGUGGUAUUAAAGAAACCCCAUGGAUGAUGUUUCUGCAUUCAGUUCGUUUACUGGCCGAACAGCAUCAGUACUGGGUGUAAGAUAAUUGUCUGACAAGACAGUGAGAUUUCUAUUAAACAUCCAUUCAUCACUUCUGGAAGGUUUACUUGGAAAAGGUGCAUGAGCCUAUACGUUGGGUCAGGUUUGUUUGUUCUUUUUUUUUUUUCUACUUUGUGCCCUUCUUACCUGUGUCCCUACUUGUGGAAUUUAGAAAUUUUUACUUCAUCUAAACGGACCGUUCAACCUGUUACCCACUAGGCCCUCUGUUUGUCUGGGGUGGAGCAGAUGUGCGGAGCAUCUUUUAGAGAGAAGUUGAAGCAUAAAGUCACUCCAGGACAAGGUACUUUAGAAAAGCAUUUCAUUAGCAUGGUGAGGGGCAGCUGCCACUUGAGCAGUCGUGUUCCCCUGAGCUGGGUGGUUCUGUUCAGUACUCGGGUCAUUCCCUCUCUCCCAGGCAGAGUCAGGCAGGGGGGAGUGUGCCAGUACUAAACCAAGCAGUGCAACCUGUAAUUAAGCCUCUGCUGUGUUUACAUGUUUCUUAAUUCGUCGUCUUUUCAAUGGCUGUAUUUUAAAACUUGGGUUUUUUGUCUCUCCAAUUAAAAAGAGCCAGCCCUGGCUGUCAAAUGCUGUGCA